AUGGCUGAAAAAGUACAAGGCCAGAAGGGCGUUUCGCUAACUUGGUUGGCUGCGUUACCUAUUCUUCUCGUAGCUGCCUUCACAGCGUAUCCUAAUGGGUUUGGCACAUCAGGACCAGAACCUGCGCCUUCUGUGACAAUCAAGCAGGGCACUAUCAUUGGCAAAUUCGUUGACGAUGGCACGUUUCCUCAGCCCUUAGAAGGAUUCAUGGGAAUUCCUUAUGCUGUUCCUCCUGUAGGUGAACGGAGGUUCAAGCAUGCUGAACCAGUGGGUGCAAAUAAUGAAACCAUUGAAGCUUAUUACUUGGGACCUAGGUGUCCCGGAAAGCAACUCGUCCCUUUCCUCAAAGAUCCCAUUCUUGGUCCCGACUAUGAAUCAGAGGAUUGUCUCACCAUCAAUGUCUGGCGCAAGAAAGGCCAUACUACAGAAAAGGGGAAGUUACCAGUCGCCGUUCUGGUCCCGGGCGGUGCGUUCAAUCGCGGUGCAGCACGAAUGCAUAAUUCGCAUACUAUGCUUGCUUUCUCAGAGGAGCCAUACAUUGCUGUUAGCAUGCAAUACCGCAUUGGUGUAUUCGGCGGCAUGAACACUGAGUUGACCGCCAAAGAAGGCCUUUUGAAUCUUGGAUUGAAGGAUAUGUAUGUUGCGCUUGAGUGGGUUCAGGAGAAUAUUGGGGCGUUUGGGGGUGAUUCCGAUGAUGUUACAAUCAUGGGCUUGAGUGCUGCUGCUCAUGGUAUUGGACACCUCAUCAUGGAUAUAAACCAACCAAAAAAGCUCUUCCACAAAGCGAUAAUGGACUCGGGUGCUCACACAGCGCGUGCAGUUCAUCCCCCGGAUGCAUCUCUCAACUCACAGCACUUCCGCGAGCUUUUGGAUCUGACGCCGUGCUCGCACUUUAAGAACCUCAAAGACCCCAAGAUCUUGACUUGUCUGCGCGGUCUUCCCUCUGAAACGGUAGACAACGCAGGUAAAGAAGUAUUUACACGCUCAGAUCCUUCCAUUCGUUGGGCUUGGCAACCUGUCAUUGACAACGAUAUCAUUUCGCGUCGACCGAUCGAGGCUUGGAAGUCUGGAAAGUUUCACAGAGUGCCUAUCUUGACUGGCUCGGCCGCGAACGAGGGUGCUUAUUAUGUCCCUCUCAAGGCUGAUAAACCGGAAGAAUUUACGGGAUUCUUCAAGAGUCUUUUGCCGCAUCUCACGAGUUCUGAAGUUGCAGAGCUAGAGAAGCUGUAUCCUGAUCCUUUGGCACACCCUGAUUCGCCACAUCUUGAUACACGCGGUAUUCCUGGUGUAGGAUCACAGUACAAACGACUCGAAACUGCCUAUGGACACUACGCGUAUACAUGCCCUGUUCGCCAAACAGUUAUAUGGGCAACAUACCAUGAGUCCGCACAGCCAGCAUAUCUGUACCACUGGGCUCUGAACAAGACUGCUUUGUUCGGCGCUAAUCACGGUGACCAAAUGCGUUAUCAAACCUUUAACAAAGAAGUACGCGAGAUAUCCCCUGUUCAGAGGGAUGUAUCGGGACAGUUCCAUGCGUAUUGUACUAGUUUUAUCACAAAGGGUGACCCAAAUGCUAUCAAGGGAAGAUUUGCGCAUAGACCAGAUUGGACAUCUUUUGAGAAUGGAAAAGGCAAGACGAUGAUUCUUGGGAGAGGAAAUGAUGAAAGGGCUGGGGGGGUUGGGGUUGGAAAGGCGGCUGAAUUGGUGGAUUUUACAUGGGGGGAUGAGCAGUGCGAGUUUUGGUGGAGAGUCUCCAGUAAGUGGGAGGACUAG